AUGGAGAUCAACAACAUGAUGAGAAGAAACAGUUCCCCAAUGCUCAUCCAUCCCACAUCUAUCAAUGGCCACAGCCAUCAACAGCCGAUUGCAUCCAAACCAAAACACGACCAUUCACACGAGUUGUGUCGUGUCUGCGGGGACAGCUCGGCCAAAAUGCACUACGGCGUCCUGACGUGCUUUGGAUGCAAAGGCUUCUUCCGGCGUGCCCUGAAGCGUCCGACCGAAUACCAGUGUCGCCAUAAUGGAACAUGCGUGGUGGAUAGACAAGAGAGGAAUUCAUGCAGAUAUUGUCGAUUCAAAAAAUGUCUCGAUGUUGGAAUGGACCCGAAAGCCGUUCGGCCGGACCGUGACGCGACCGGACGACAUCAAGGGAGGGCGAGAAGGGGAAGACAACAGACAGAUGACGAAGGGGAAGUCGACUCGGAAUGGACAAGGAAAUUGCCGGUCGACAUGAGAACCACGUUGAUGCAGUUGAUGAACACUGAUGUUAUGGUAAACAGCGGUGAUGCGCCAUCAGAUGCCCGUUCCAUCUACCCUCUCUCGUAUACAUUACGACAGUUAUUGGAGGAUACCUCACUUUUGGAUGGGAAAAAGACCGAAAUCAGAUAUGAGGCAUUUCGACACGUCGAACAAGUCGAAUUACCGGCUAUUGCGCACAGAAACCUGCUUGCUGUGAUCGAUUGGGUCGACCAUCUUUGUGAUAUGAUGGAUUUGCAUAAUGUUGAAGAUAAGCUAGCCCUCGUGAAGCACGGCUACGCUCCCCUGCUCGUGCUCUCCUUCUCGGCAGCCUCAGCCUCAUGUACUCGUGCUCACGACGUGCUCUGCCUCUGCAAUUAUGGAUGUGUUCCCCGGAAUGCGUCAAAAGUUUUUGAUGAUCCUUACCAUCUCGCCAACCGUGUUGUCCCCCGUACUCUCGACGAGCUGGUGCUCCCCUUCCGCCAGAUGAGCCUCAGAGAAGAAGAAGCCGUCCUCCUCAAAGCCAUUCUGUUGCUCAAUUCUCAAUGUCGUCCCCUCUCAGUCGAUGCUUCCGAAGCUGUAGCCGAUCUUCGAGAUCCCGAUUUGGAAAUCUGCUCCUUCUACUGCCAUCUGUAUAUC